AUGUGGAAAAGAAAUUUAAUUGUUUAUUGUGAAAAAAUUGCUACAACAGUUGGUCUUGAACAAAACAAUUUAGAAGAUGAUGAAAUGCAAAAUGAUUCACCUCAUAGCUCAGUAGUUAAAACAAGUCAUUAUCGUAAACAUACUCAAAUUAAAACAAAGACAAGUAUAUUCAAAGGAGGCUGUAUUGAUCAUCCAACAUCACCAGUUAAUGGAAAUAUUCAAUGCUCUCUAGACAGCGGGUGUCGAGCAAGCUGCAAGGCUGAUUAUAAAUUUCCAAAUGGAGAAAAACAACUGGUUGUACUUUGUCAUGAUGGAAAAUGGCAUGUUACUGGAACAGAUUGGGAUUUUGUUCCUCAUUGUGAACCAAUUUGUUUACCUCAAUGUCAAAAUAAUGGCAUUUGCAUAGCUCCUCAUCAGUGUAAUUGUGGAGAAAAUUAUUCUGGUCCACAAUGUCAAUAUGAGACGAAACCAUGCUUGAAUACACCACCACCAGUUUUAAAUUCACGAAGACAGUGUAAUUCAAAAUCAUGUACAGUAUCAUGUGCUCGUGGAUUUGUAUAUCCUGAUGGAUCAUCAGUAGCAAAUUUAGAAUGUAGAAAUGGUAAUUGGAUAGCAAUGAGAAAUGACUGGGUAACAAUACCAGAUUGUCAAGCUGUUUGUUCACCACCCUGUAAAAAUGGUGGUAUUUGUUUACCUCUAAAUACAUGUCAAUGUCCUCAAGAUUAUCGUGGCUCACAGUGUCAAUACUCCAAGGAUCGUUGCUCACCAGAAAUAUUAAAUUUCAAUGGUGCAUAUAAGUGCAAAGGUGAUGCUCAUGCAUACUCAUGUGUUCUAGAUUGUUCACAGCCAGGUAUUGAAUUUACAUUUCCACCAGCAACAGAAUAUAUUUGCACUUAUGAUAAUGGCUAUUUUGAACCUCAACCAAUACCACAAUGCAAAGUAACAUCAUCAAAUUAUCAAAUAAUACCAGCUGGAAGUAGUAAAAAUUCAUAUUUAAAAAUAACAAAUCAUUCAUGGACAUUUGAAGAUACUUUAUUCUCUCAAACUUCACAUGUUGAAAGACAAAAAUUUAUCAAAGAAUCACAUGGUAUUAAAACACUGUAUGAUGUUAAUCAAUUGAGCAGUGAUAAAUCAUCGAAUAACAUACAAAAUGUCGUUGAUAUAGUGAAAAGUAAUUAUACAAUUGUUGAAGAUGUACACAGACCAGAAGCAAAGACAUGUUUCACUUGGGGUGGAGUUCAUUAUAAAACAUUUGAUGGUGAUAUUUAUACCUUCGACAGUGAUUGUACAAUGACAUUAAUUCAAGAAACUCAAGAUAGUGCAUUUACAAUUACAAUUCAAAAUAGUAAUGGUUGUAAAAAUCAUAAUGAUACCAUUUGUUAUCGUAUUUUAAAUAUUUAUAUUCAAGGUAAAGAAUAUAUAUUAAAAUUAAAUGACAAUAAUAUACCAAUAUUACAGACAAAUAAAAAAAAAAUACUUCCAAUACCAGCUCAAUUAACUGGAUUGAGAGUUGAAAUGUCAGGUAAUUUAAUUGUUGCAUCACUUGAUACUGUUGGUAUUAAUUUAAAAUGGGAUGGUGGUUUAUUUGUACAAAUAAAAUCAAGUGAAUCAUUGUGGAAUAGAACUGCUGGUUUAUGUGGAAGAAUGAAUGGUGAUCCUGCUGAUGAUAAAACAAGAAAAGAUAAUAGUCAUUCAAUUAAUUUAGCAACAUUUAUUGCUGAUUGGAAAAUUGAUAAAACAUGUGAUGAUAAUUUAGCAAGCAAUCAUAAAUUUAAAUCAGAUAUUACUGAAGAAUCUAUUAAAUUUUGUGAUAAUUUAUUUGCUGAUUUAAGAUUUAAGGGUUGUUCAAAAACACUUGAUCUUGCUGCAUUACAAAGUACUUGUCAAUUGGAUUAUUGUAAUUGUCAUGAAGUUGAUAAAAGAAAAUGUGCAUGUGAAACAAUGAAUGUCUACGUUCGUCAAUGUUAUCAUGAUGGUUUAACAAAAACAUUAUCAUGGCGUCAUCAAAAUUUAUGUCCAAUGAACUGUACUGGUGGAAGAAUUUAUAACAGCUGUGGAUCAAAAUAUCAGCAAAGUUGUGGUGAAGAUCUAACACAAGCUAAAAAAAUAAUUGACGUGGAAGAUUGUGAGGAAGGUUGUUUUUGUCCUGAGGGAACAAUAUUUCAUGAAAACAAAUGUAUUGCUCCAGGAGAAUGUCCAUGUAGAUUACGAGGUAAAUCAUUUCCACCAGGUACAAUCAUACCAAAGAAUUGUAAUACUUGUACUUGUGUUGCUGGACAAUGGAUUUGUACACAAGUUAUUUGUAGCUCAAGAUGUUCAGUUGUUGGUGAUCCUCAUUAUGUUACAUUUGAUGGUAAACGUUAUGAUUUUAUGGGUAAAUGUAGUUAUUAUCUUGUUAAAGGUGAUAAUUACAGUAUUGAAGCUGAAAAUGUAGCAUGUCUUGGUGCAAUAUCUGAAAGUAUGGGAUUAAUACCAUCAGAUUCACCAUCAUGUGUUAAAUCAAUAAAAAUAUGUCAAAAAAAUAUAACAAUAAAGCUUAAACAAAAUCAUCAAGUUGAAAUUAAUAAUGAAGAAAUAACGAAAUUUCCAAUUAUCAAUAGUAAUACUAAAAUACGUAUUGCAAGUAGUAUUUUUAUUGUUGUUCAUAUGCCAAAUAAUUUAGAAAUAUGGUGGGAUGGUAUAUCAAGAGUUUACAUAAAUGCACCAUCAAUAUUUUAUGGCAAUACAAAAGGUCUAUGUGGUACAUUUACAAAUAAUCAAAAAGAUGAUUUUUUAACACCAAGUAAUGAUAUUGAACAAUCAAUUUUACCAUUUACAAAUAAAUGGAAAACAAAUGAACAAUGUGAAGAUAUAUUAAAAGAAGAUACAACACAUCCAUGUGAUAAAAAUCCUGAACGUUUAUCAAAUGCUGAAAAAUAUUGUUCAAUAAUAUGGAGUAAUGUUUUUUCAUCUUGUCAUUGGCAUGUUGAUCCAGAAGAAUUUUAUAAAAAUUGUAAAUAUGAUAUGUGUUCUUGUGAAGGAAAUAUUGAAAAAUGUUUAUGUCCAAUAUUAUCAUCAUACGCAAAAGAAUGUGCUGAAGUUGGUGUUAAAAUAAUAUGGCGAACAGAAGUAUCAGAAUGUCAGCUUCAUUGUCCAGCUGGUCAGGAGUAUCAAAUAUGUGGUAACAGUUGUACAAGAUCAUGCAAUGAUAUAUCAUUUAAUCAUGUUAAUAAUAUUCAUAAAAUAUGUAAUCGUGAAUGUGUUGAAGGAUGUAAUUGUCCAGAGGGACAAACUCUUGAUAGUCAUGGUGAAUGUAUUGACAUUGAUUUAUGUCCAUGCUACAACGAGGGUAUGGAAUUUAAACCUGGUUAUCGUGAAAUACGUGCUGGAAUAAAACGUCGAAAUAUAUGCACAUGUAAAAAUGCUAUUUGGUCUUGUCAAGAAGCAACUGAUGAUGAAAUUAAAAAAUAUCCAUCAUCAGAUAGUCUCAAGACAAUUUGUAGUACAAUGAAAAAUCUUGAAUUGACAAAUUGUGAACCAGCAAUACCAAGGACAUGUAGAAAUAUGAAUGACAAAGUUAUUCAUUCACCAGCAAUUUGUAUGCCUGGUUGUAUUUGUAAAAAAGGAUAUGUACUUGAUUCACCAAGUGGUAAUUGUGUUAAACAAGAAAGUUGUCCAUGUUAUCAUGGUGGUAAAAGUUAUACAGAUGGAUCAACAAUGCAAGAAGAAUGUAAUACUUGUAAAUGUGAUAAAGGACAUUGGAAAUGUACAGAUAAAAUAUGUCCAGGUAUAUGUUCUGUUUGGGGUGAUUCACAUUAUAAAACAUUUGAUGAUAAAACAUAUGAUUUUCAAGGUGCAUGUGAUUAUGUACUUGUUAAAGGUAGUUUUGGUGCUGAUGAUUGUUUUGAAAUAUCAACACAAAAUGUACCAUGUGGUACAUCAUGGGUAACAUGUUCAAAAGCCAUAACAUUAAGUAUUGGAACAGCAAAUAAUCGUGAAAAAAUAACUCUAACAAAUGACAAACAAUUAUCAUUAAAUAAUUAUCAAAGAAUUGCUGUUAGAUAUGCGGGUGAAUUUUUAUUCUUAGAUGUGCCUGAUUUAGGUUUAGUUGUACAAUGGGAUAAAGGUACCAGAGUUUAUAUUAAACUUGAUCCAAAAUGGAAAAGUAAAACAAAAGGUUUAUGUGGUGAUUAUAAUGACAAUAGCCAAGAUGAUUUUAAAACACCAUCAGGUGGAAUAUCAGAAGUAUCAGCACGUAUAUUUGGUGAUUCAUGGAAAAAAAAUAAUAAUUGUCCAGAGCCAAAAGAUAUAACUGAUACAUGUGUACAACAUCCAGAAAGAAAAAUAUGGGCUGUUGAAAAAUGUGGUAAAUUAAAGACAAGUUUAUUUGAAGCAUGUCAUUCAGAGGUUGACAUUGAGCCUUACAUUGAAAGAUGUAUAUUUGAUACAUGUGGUUGUGAUCAAGGUGGUGAUUGUGAGUGUCUUUGUACUGCACUUGCUGCUUAUGCUCAUGAAUGUAAUAAUCGUGGUGUUCCAAUUAAAUGGCGAUCUAAAAAUUUAUGUCCAAUGCAGUGUGAUGAAAAAUGUAGUAAUUAUUCACCAUGUAUAUCAACAUGUCCAAGAGAAACUUGUGACUACUUGUUAAAUCCAAAAAUUAAAAAAAAUUCACAACUUUGUACUGAGGAUACUUGUAUCGAAGGAUGUUUACCAAAAGAAUGUCCAAAUGAUGAGGUUUAUUUAAAUUCAACUUAUCAAGAAUGUGUACCAAGAUCAACUUGCAAGCCAAUUUGUUUAGAAAAAGAAGGAGUAAUAUAUUAUGAAGGUGAUAAAGUAAGCAGUGAUUUAUGUCAAACAUGUUUUUGUAGUCAUGGUAAAAUUAUUUGUAAUGGUUUACCAUGUACAUCAACAACAACAACAACAACAACAACAACAAGACCAGCUGUUGUGUAUAUGGAAGAAUCUGAAAAAUGUAUUGAUGGCUGGACACCAUGGAUAAAUAAACAUUCAAUUAAAAAAUCUAAUAAUGAAACAAAAUCAAUAACAGGAGCAAUGGACACUGAGCCGUUACCUUCAAUGAUUGAUUUACUUGAAUUUAAUAAUUCAUCACGUUGUACAAAAGACAAAAUGAUUGACAUUAAAUGUCGAAGUAUUGAUGGUCAUUUAAGUCCAAAAGAAACUGGUCUAGAUGUUGAGUGUAGUUUGGAACGUGGUUUAAUUUGUCAAUCAAAUGGUAAUGAAUUACCUUGUGUUGAUUUCGAAAUAAGUGUUUUAUGUAAAUGUGAAAAUACUACUGCAUCAGAUAAUUGUGAUAUUACUCGACCGAGUCAAGCUGAUCCAAUUGAUUGUCAUGUAUUUUAUGAGUGUGCUCCUGGUACUAAUGGUGCAACAAAAUUAAUUAAAAAAACAUGUGGAAAAGAUAUGUUUUAUAAUCCAGUUGCAAUGAUUUGUGAUUGGUGGUAUAAUGUUAUUACUUUACGUCCAUUAUGCAGACCAACUUUAUCUCCAGCAGUAACAACAGUAACAUCAACAACAACAACAGAAGCUCCUUCAACAAAUAAAUGCAAAGAAGAUGAAAUUUGGAAUGAUUGUGCAAUUAAAUGUUCAAGAACUUGUCAGUAUUACAAUUACCAAUUGAAAAAACAAAAUAUUUGUAUUGAUGGUACCAGAGACUGUGUGCCAGGUUGUACUGCUAAAGAUAAAAAAACUUGUGGAAAAAAUAAAUACUGGCGAGAUCCUGAAACAUGUGUUGAUAUUGCUGAUUGUAAUUGUAUAUCCCACAAUGAAGAAUCUGUAAAACCUGGUGUUGUUGUUGAGGAGACAAAUUGCAAAAGAUGCCAGUGUCUAAGUAAUUUUUAUACUUGUGAUAAUACAUCUUGUGAAAAAUCUACAACAGUUGAAACGACAACUCCAACAGUAAUUGAUACAACAACGCCAGUAAUAUCAUUGACAACAAAUAUUAUUAUUGUACCAAGUACACUAUCACCAGCAGCACCAUGUAUUAGUAAACACUACAAUAGUCUUGUUGAAUAUUUCAAGGGAACCUCUGAAGUCAUUGAGUAUAAUUCAAGCAGCUCAGAAGACGAUCAGCCAUGGAAUCAUGAUCCGAAAUUUUGGCAAGCAAAAUAUACCAAUACCAAUCAAUGGUAUGAAAUUAAAUUACCAAAAUUAGAACCAAUUUAUGGUAUAAUUAUUUCUGGUAAUCCAAUUGACAAUAAAUUUGUAACAAGUUAUAAAUUACUUUAUUCACAAGAUGGUCAUGAAUUUUCUUACAUGCCAGAUAUUUUAUCUGGUCCAAUUGAUGCAUUUACACCGGUUAAACAUAUUUUUACAUCUCCAAUUGAGGCUAAAAUAAUAAAAAUAAAUCCACAAACUUGGCAUAAUGGUAUAUCAAUGUCAGUUGAUUUAAUUGGUUGUGAUGAUGAGCUCCAAACUGUAACUCCAAAAAUAAUAAUUGACAAAGAAGAAGAAACAAUAAAACCAAUAUGUGAUGAACCAAUGGGUUUUGAUAAUGGUGUUAUGAUUGAUGAACAAGUUACAGUAUCAUCAACAACAGAUUCAUCAUCAUUGUCAAAUAUUAAAUUAUCAUCACCAGGUAUUUGGCAACCAAAACUUGAUAAUCCUCAUCAAUAUGUACAAUUUAAUUUUUUUGAAAGCAGAAAUAUAACUGGUAUUGAAACAAAAGGAGCAAAUAAUAUUUGGACAAUUGCUUAUAAAAUAUAUUACGGUAAUGAUGGUGUCAAUUGGAAUCCAAUAAUUGAUCAUUUAAAUAUUGAAAAAAUAUUUACAGCUAAUUUUGAUGAUAAAACAACAAAAAUUAAUUAUUUUACAAAACCAAUACAAGCACAAUAUUUAAAAAUUCAACCAAUUAAAUGGCAUCGACAUGUUGGAUUAAAAGUUGAAGUUCAUGGUUGUUUUAUUUCAUAUCCAACUGUUACAAAUAAACCAGUUAAAAUCCAAGUUAUUCAAUCAGCUUGCAAUGUAUGUGAUGAAAUAUUUUUAGGAUAUGAUAAUGUAUGUAAAUGUAAUGAAUCAUUAUGGUGGAAUGGUGUAGCUUGUGUUGAAAAACAUAAUUGUCCUUGUGUUUAUGAAGGCGUGCCUUAUGUUGUUGGUGCAACAUUUGAAUCAUCUGAUUGUCGAAAGUGUAUUUGUACAAUGACUGGUACUGUUGAUUGUCAAUUGAAACCAUGUGAACCAUGUGAUGAGCCAAAUAUGCGUUCAGUUGUAACUGAGCUGUGUGGAUGUGCUUGUAAACCAUGCUCAACUGGUACUCGACUAUGUCCAACAAGUAAUAUUUGUAUCAAUGAUAAUUUAUGGUGUAAUGGAGUUAAAGAUUGUCCAGAUGAUGAAACAAAUUGUCGAGAAAUUAUUGAAAAUCCAUCAGUCAUUACAAAUAAUCACUCGACAAUAAUUGAGGUGACAACUGUUGAAAUUAAAAAUGUAACGACACUUCAGUGUGAACGUCCAGUAUGUCCACCGGGUUAUAAAUUAGUCCCUGUUAAUCAAAAUUCAAAAAGAAGUAGUAAAAGUUCAGUUAAAAAUAGUGGUGGUGGUGUUAAAGGUGGUACCAAAGGAAGAAGUCGAGGAAGACCAAAAGAAACAAGAAAAAUUAGUCAUGAGUCAACAAUUUUUAAUGAUGAUAAUAAUUUAUUAAAUGAUGCAUCAAAUUUACAAAUAAAUUGUCAACAAUUUUCAUGUGUUCCAACAAAACCACCACCAAUACGUCAAGAUAAUAAAAAACCAAUUGAAUGUCCAAAAGUUGAGUGUCCACAAAAUUAUAAAAUAAUAUAUGAAUCACAAAGUAUGUUUAAACUUGAAGCAUGUCCAAAGUAUGUAUGUAAACCACCACCACCAAUUGAAGUUAUUUGCAAUAUAACUGGAAGAACAUUUAAUACAUUUGAUAAUCUUGAAUAUAAAUAUGAUAUUUGUAAUCAUAUUUUAGCAAGAAAUAUGUUAAACAAUGAGUGGUAUGUUAAUCUUGAAAAACAUUGUGAUAAUCUCAAUCAAAAUUGUAAACAAUUACUUGUGAUAACAAUUGAUGAUGAUGUUGUUAUUUUUCAUGCUGAUAUGCAUGUAGAAAUAAAUGAAUUUAGCUUCAGUCCACGUCAAGUUAAACGUCUCGGUGAUAAAUCAGGAUCAUUUAGAAUAUCAAGAAUUGGAAACAUAAUACAUUUUGUAUGUUCAAAAUAUGGUUUUUGGAUAAUUUGGGAUGAAAAUACAAAUGUUAAAAUAGGUAUAACAACAAAUUUAAAAAAUUAUGUUGAUGGACUAUGUGGAUUUUUUGAUGGUAAUCCUGAUAAUGAUAGACAAAUGCCAGAUGGUAAACAAGCUAAAACAUCUCAAGAUUUUGGUAACAGUUGGAUUAUGGAUGGUAGCGCAGAAUGUCAAGCUCCAAAAAUAUUAUGUUCUCGUGAAGUUUAUGAUCAUGCCAAAGAAAUAUGUAAUGAAAUGAUGGAUAGAUCAUUUUCAAUUUGUCGUAAUCAUUUAAACUUUGAUAAAUAUUUAUCAAGAUGUUUAGAAACAAGUUGCAUGUGUAUAAAUGGAAAUCAAACAAUAAAUGAAUGUCGAUGUCGUGCACUAACAUCAUUUACAACUGAUUGUCAAGCAAGUGAUAUAAAUAUUGAUUUAUCAACAUGGAGAAAUAUUCAUAAUUGUCCAGUAAAUUGUCCAGCACCAUUUGUACAUAAAGAUUGCUUUAGAAAUAAGUGUGAAAUGAGUUGUGAUAAUUUACAAGAAAUUGAACCAUGUCCAUUAAUGGAGGGUGUAUGUUUUUGUGGAUGUUUUUGUCCAGAUGGAACAAUUCGUAAUGGUGAAAAUUGUAUUCCAGCAAGUGAAUGUCGUGAUUGUACUUGUCAAGGUUUUGGUAAUGGUAAUUUUAUUAAUUUUGAUAAAAAUAAUUUUACAUUUACUGGCAAUUGUACGUAUGUAUUGUCUCAAGAUGUCAGUACAAUUAAUGACAAUAAAAAUACUUAUCAAAUAUUAAUAACAAAUGUACCAUGUGAAAGAGGAAUUUGUACUGAAGCAAUAUCACUAUCUUACAAGGAUCAUUAUCUAGAAAUACAACAAAAUAUUAAUGAUAAAAAAAAUAAAAAAAUAAGUGUUACAAUGGAUGGUGAAAGUAUUGAUAAAUUUCCAUUAAAUAAUAAUUGGAUAAAUAUUAUAGAAGAAAAUGAAAAGAAUUUAAAAAUAUUAAUACCAGUUAUUCAACUUGAAUUAACAAGUUUUGUUCAUAAUUUUGGAUUUACAUUAAAACUUCCAUCUCAUAUAUUUGGUGGUGCAAUGGAGGGAUUAUGUGGUAAUUGUAAUGCAAAUGAUCAGGAUGAUAUUAAAAAGAAAAAUGGUGAAUUAACAGAUAAUAUUCAAGAUUUUGGAAUGAGUUGGUUAGUAAGUGGUUUACCACAAGCAAGAAUAUUGAGUGAUGGUGAUUGUGGUGUACAAAAUACAAAAGAAAUUUGUCUACCACCAUUGAAUGAUCCAUGUAAAAAAUUAUUAGAUGGUAAAUUGUUUGGACAGUGUCAUAGUAUAAUUGAUCCAUCAGCAUAUUUAUCAUCUUGUUAUGAUACUUUGUGCAAGAAGGGUGAUAUAUGUGGUGACAUUGAGGCAUAUGCAAGAAGCUGUCGACAAACUGGUCUCUGUUCAAACUGGAGAAGCAUAGAUUUUUGUCCUUACAAUUGUCCUGCUGAUUUAGAGUAUCAAUCAUGUGGUUCAAACUGUCCAAAAACAUGUGACACAAUAAAUGAUCAAUCUAUCAAUAAAUGUGCUGAAGAAUUUAAUCAAGAAGGCUGUUUUUGUCCGAAGAAUUAUGUCACUCACAAUGGUACUUGUGUCUUGGAAAAAAAUUGUUUUAUUUGUGAUAGUGAUGGACAUAUUGAUGGUGACACUUGGCAACCUGACAAGUGUACAACAUGUACAUGUAAUAAAAAAAUUAUAAAUUGUCAAGUUACAAAUUGUCCAACAAUAGCAACAAUUUGUGAUAUUAAUUCAAGUCCAGUUUUGGUAGAGCCAAGUAAAUCCAAUGAAGAAUGUUGUCCAAAAUAUAUUUGUAUUCCAAAACCAACUAUUCCAACAACUACAACAGUUUGUCUUGAUACACAACAGCCAGAUUGUGGCUGGGGACAAAUGAUGAAGACAACAAUUGGUAAUGAUGGUUGUCAAAAAUUUAUUUGUGAGUGUUUACCUCCUGAAGAAUGUCCAACUGUUAAUUUAGAAGCUACUAAUAUACCUGGUAUUGUUGAAAUUGUAAAUUCAUCAAGUUGUUGUCCAAAAGCUGAACGAAUUUGUAAAGUAGAAAUGUGUCCAUCAGCACCAUCAUGCCCAGAAUAUUAUACACUUGAGACAAGUCAAAGCCCAGAAGGAUGUUGCAUUAAUUACAAAUGCCAACUGCCAAAAGAUAUUUGUUUAUACUCAAUGACAACAGAUAACUCAACUAUUGUUGGUAAAAAAAUUGGUGAAAAAUGGCAAGAUGGACCAUGUCUUUCAUGUAUCUGUGAAAUAGAUUAUAACAAUGAAACAAAAUCAAAUUGUUUAUCAACAAAAUGUCCAGGAAUUGAAGACAAUCAACAUAAAAAUGACUACGUAUUAAUAGAAAAACAAAUAACUGGUGAAUGUUGUCCUCUUAUUGAAGCAAUUGCCUGCAAAGAUGACAAUGGAAUUGUUCACAACAUUGGCAAUGAAUGGUACCCUGAUAAAAAAAAUUCUUGUCUUAUAAAUAAAUGUGAAAUUGAGCCAGAUGGUAUUGUAAAAAAGAAAACAAUAACUCAACAAUGUUCAAUUAACUGUGAGAGAGGAUAUGAAUACAAACAACCAGAAGAACCAAGUAAAAAAUGUUGUGGUGAUUGUAUUCCAGUGUCAUGUGUUGUAAAUGAUACAAUUAAAAAUAUUGGUGAAACAUGGAAAUCAGCUGAUUACUGUACUGAUUAUCGGUGUUUAAUAGAAAAUGGAACACUACGAGUAAUUGAAUCAACAACAACAUGUGAAAAACUUGAUCAAUUUGAGCUUGAUAAUUAUGAAAUUCAUACAGAAUUAUUGAACAAUGAAUGUUGUCCAAAGUAUAAAAGAACUGGUUGUAAAUCAAAUGGUAAAAUUUAUAAUUCAGGAGCAACAUGGAAGGAUGAAUUUGAUAAUUGUUUGACAAAUAUGUGUGUUGAUGUAAAAGAUACAAAUAAAAUUGAGCUAACACAUGUUCGACAAGAUUGUAAUGUAACUUGUGAAUUUGGCUGGGAAUAUGAAAGCUCAAAUAAUAGUCAAGAAUGUUGUGGAAGAUGUAAACAAGUGUAUUGUUUCGACAAAGGAAUUUUACACAAACCAGAAACAACCUGGUCAACACCAGACAAUUGUACAAGCUAUGAAUGUAAAUACAGUGAAAAUAAAGAACAAUUAAUUAUUCAAACAAUGCUUACAAUUUGUCCAGAUGUUUCAACAUGUCCAGUUGAAUUUAUUUAUCAAGAUGGUUGUUGUCAAAAAUGUAAUAUGACAAAUAUAUUUGAUUUACGACAAACGUGUGCUGCUGAAGUUCUUGAAAUACAAUCAACAAUUGGUAUUUUAAAAGAGAAAAAUCAACAUGGUGUUUGUAAAAAUAUUGAGGGUAUUGAUGGAAUGACUGAAUGCCGAGGUAAUUGUCAGUCAUCAACGCAUUUUGAUCCAGUUAGUUGGAUACAAGAGACUGAUUGCAAUUGUUGUCAGCCAAUUGACAUGAAAAAUAUUAAUGUGGAUCUUGUCUGUGAUGAUGGUGUUAAAUUUACGAAAAAAAUUUAUGUUCCAACUGCUUGCUCGUGUGAAACUUGCUCAGGAUCAUUGAGAAAAAAUAUUAUGCCAAUUAAAGGACACAGAAAAAUUGGUGCCAAAGGAUAGACUAAUUUGAUUAUUUUAUAUUUUUAAUUAAUUUUCAAAAUAUUAAAUGUAAACAAAGAUAUAAUAUUUUCAUGAUUAAUUUUUUUUGCAAUUAGAUUAUUUCUUCAAGUACUCAAUAAAUAUUUAUAAAUUAUAAUGGAAAAAAAUUGUGUUGUUGGUGAUUUUCAUUGUGGCAAGAAAUUGACAAAUAAUACGUGUUACUUAGCUGGAGUGGCUGCAGCUGUUUGAUUUUGUUUUUCAGGGAAGACAGACUCGUAAGUUGGUAUAUUUGAAUCUGUAUCAAUAACAUCAGGUGUAAUUUCAAGAUCAACUGAUUUGCUGACUGUGGUUGAUGGCUUCACAUGUUCAUUAUUUUUUGUUGAAUUAUCAUGAGAAGCACUGGAUUUAGUUGGAGGUAGUGAUGCUCUUCUAAUUACCAUGUAGUAAAUACCCAAUGCUUCACAACAACUAACUAUGAUAAUUAUAAUAAUAAAACCGUCGAUAAAUCCAAAAAAACCUGUAUUUUUUUCAACAUCUUUCA